AUGAAAAAGAAAAAGUGGUUACAAAAAGAGCAAGAGGCAGAAGACCCUUCAAAGGUAAGUCCUUUUACACCUCUUUCAGAUUAUAAGUAUGUACCUCCCUUUCCUAUCACGUUUGCAAAGGCAAUGAAGGAAGAGCAAGAGAAGGAGAUUUUGGAUAUGUUCAGAAAGGUAGAGAUUAAAAUCCCUUUUUUGGAAAUUAAGCAAGUGCCUAGAUAUGUAAAAUUUCUCAAAGAGCUAUGCACAUCCAAAAGAAACCUAAAAGGUAAUGAGAAGGUAAGUGUAGGACAGAAUGUUUCUACUGUGUUACAAAAACAAGUGCCUCCCAAAUGCAAAGAUCCAAGUACAUUUACUAUUCCAUGCACAAUUAAUAAUACUAGAUUUGAGAGGGCUAUGUUAGAUUUUAGAGCAUCUAUAAAUUUUAUGCCUAGAUCCAUUUAUACUUCUUUGAAUCUUAGGUCUUUGGAAGAAACUGGUGUUAUCAUGCAAUUAACUGAUAGAUCUAAUGCAUAUCCUUAUAGGGUAAUUGAGGAUGUUUUGGUUCAAGUCAAUGAAUUAGUUUUCCUUGCUGAUUUUUAUAUUCUGGAUAUGGAAAGUGAUAAUUCUCCUAAUUCAGCACCAAUGUUGUUAGGAAGACCAUUCUUGAAUACUUCUAGAGCUAAUAUUGAUAUGCAUGAUGGUUCACUCACUAUGGAAUUUGAAUUAAGUGGUGAAGACAAGCUAAAUGUAGCUAUUAGCUAUAAUGUGGAGAAACAAAGCAAGACUAAUUCACAAAGAGAACUUGCCAUUGGUGAAGAGUGGAAGCAGAUUUUAAAGCUCCUUGAUGUUGGAUGA